CGCCGGAGCCGCUCUUCAGCGUUUGCGCUGUCGGUCGUCGCUUCUGUGUCGUCUCCCCCCCCCCCUUCUGAUCCCCGGCCCGGCGGCUCCCGCCUCCUCCGCGGCUACACCGCCUCUUUCCUCCCCUGGUCCCUUCUUCCUCGCCCUCCUCCUUUGCUCCUUCCCUUCCUCGCCGCCGCCCAGGACCGCCGGCCCGGGUACGAGCUCCGGGGAAGCAGCCAGUGCUUCAUCCUCAGCAGACAGGUGCUGUCUAAACACUGCCACAGUGAAGUUUACUCUGCAGUAAACUAAAAGGACUCCCUGACUACUUGCCUGUCAUCCAGAAAGUAUAGCUCCUACCACUGAGCUCAAUGUACUUUGCGUGAAACUGGAAAGAAAACCAAUGUAUAAGCCUGUGGACCCCCACUCUCGGAUGCAGUCCACCUACAGCUACGGAAUGCGUGGAGGCGCCUAUCCCCCCAGGUACUUUUACCCAUUUCCUGUUCCGCCGUUACUCUACCAAGUUGAGCUUUCCGUGGGAGGACAGCAGUUUAACGGGAAAGGAAAGACGAGACAAGCUGUGAAGCACGAUGCUACCGCCAGAGCAUUGAGGACUCUGCAGAACGAGCCUCUACCAGAGAGGCUGGAGAUGAAUGGAAGAGAAUCAGAAGAGGAAAACCUCAAUAAAUCAGAAAUAAGCCAAGUGUUUGAAAUCGCACUGAAGCGGAAUUUGCCUGUGAAUUUUGAGUCUUUCCCUCUGACACAGGUGGCCCGGGAGAGUGGCCCACCCCACAUGAAGAACUUUGUGACCAGGGUUUCAGUCGGGGAGUUUGUAGGGGAAGGAGAGGGCAAAAGCAAGAAGAUCUCCAAGAAGAAUGCAGCAAGGGCCGUGCUGGAGCAGCUGAGGAGGCUGCCACCUCUGCCUUCUGUGGAGCGGGUGAAGCCCAGAAUCAAGAAGAAAAGUCAGCCUGCAUGCAAGCUACAGACAGCCCCGGAUUAUGGCCAGGGGAUGAAUCCUAUUAGCAGACUGGCACAGAUUCAGCAGGCCAAAAAGGAAAAGGAGCCGGAGUACGUGCUCCUUACAGAGCGAGGCCUUCCACGUCGCAGGGAGUUUGUGAUGCAGGUAAAGGUUGGGAAUCACACUGCAGAAGGAGCGGGUACCAAUAAGAAGGUGGCCAAACGCAAUGCUGCCGAGAACAUGCUGGAGAUCCUGGGGUUCAAAGUUCCCCAGGCGCAGCCUGCCAAGCCAGCACUCAAAUCAGAAGAGAAGACCCCAGUAAAGAAACCAGGAGACGGAAGGAAAGUAACGUUUUUUGAACCUAGCCAUGGGGAUGAAAAUGGAACUAGUAAUAAGGAGGAUGAGUUCAGGAUGCCUUAUCUUAGCCAUCAGCAGCUGCCAGCUGGAAUCCUCCCCAUGGUGCCGGAGGUUGCCCAGGCUGUUGGGGUUAGUCAAGGACACCACACCAAAGAUUUCACCAGGGCAGCUCCGAAUCCUGCCAAGGCCACGGUAACUGCCAUGAUAGCUCGCGAGUUGUUGUACGGGGGCACCUCGCCCACAGCCGAGACCAUUUUAAAGAGUAACAUCUCUUCAGGCCACGUACCCCAUGGACCUCGCACAAGACCCUCUGAGCAACUAUACUACCUUUCCAGAGCCCAGGGAUUCCAGGUUGAAUACAAAGACUUCCCCAAGAACAACAAGAACGAAUGUGUCUCUCUCAUCAAUUGCUCCUCGCAGCCGCCCCUCAUCAGCCAUGGCAUUGGCAAGGAUGUGGAGUCUUGUCAUGACAUGGCUGCAUUGAACAUUUUAAAGUUGCUGUCUGAGCUGGACCAACAGAGCACAGAGAUGCCGAGAACAGGAAAUGGACCAGUGUCAGCGUGUGGGAGGUGCUGAACCUUUUCUGGCCACAAACCAUUAUAAAUCCCAACAUGUAUACUGAAAAUACUGGGAACUGCUUUCAAAAUUUGGAAUUUCUGAUAACUCUAGUGGGCCGAGACAUGAAUAUAGAAGGUGGCAGCAGUAGCAAAGAAGACACAGAGACUCCAGGUGGUGUGGCCUUGGUUGUGCUGGGCUGCUAGUGACAAUGCUGUGCUCUGCCAGCCAUCAAGAGAGACCAGCCCCAUCACCUUCAAUUUUUAUAUUGUGAUAAAAGAGAAACAGAAAGCACGGCCUAUUCUCAUGCUGGCUCAUUCAGAUACUUCGGACAAACCUGGACAGCCACGCCAGAGAGGCCCCGGAGCGAAAAGCACCAGAGAAAAGCCAGUUCUUCCUAUCCUGCAUAACAGACUCAGCGUGCUCAGCCUGCCGCAAGUAGUGCCCAGCUACUGUAACCACUGCUUUCUCAACAGUGAUACUGUUUCAUUUUUCCUUCGGUUGAUAUGACACUAUAUAAUUUUCUUUUCAGUUCCUCAGUUGCAUCUACUUAUCUAGCACAGUUUAGAAACUUGUCUGAGACCGAUGCUAUCAGUCUAGCAAAGAUCACAGGCCUGCUUGGUGAUGCGUCUGUCCCUCAGAAUCCUUUACAGCCCCCCAAUCCCCUGUAUAAAUUGGACAGCUUAGGAAAUUUAAACUUUAGGUGAUCUUUUUAUUUUAUUUUAAGCAGCAGACUUAAAAAAAUGAGCCCAGACCUUUAAAGAUUAUUACAUAAAUCGUCAGUGGGCAUGUCUUUUAAGGAGGUAGCUUUUUACCACACUACCGGACAUUACCUAUGGGUCCAGACCCUGCAGGCUGGUGUCCCUGGAGUGCCUAAUGCAGUCAAUUCCAACCUCCUUGGAGGGGAAAGGUUUCCUGGUGCUGUGCUGCUGUGCACAGAUGCAGGUAGGUGAGCUGGCCCUGGUGGAGAGCAUUGCAACCUCAGACUCAGCACUGCUUCCAUAUUUGGUUUAGCUGGAACCUUUUCACCCAUGGAAUGUAAGUAGUCUUUGUCAACAAUAAAUGGUAAUACUAAAUUUUUUUUUAAUUUAUUUUCAAACACCACUACUUCUAGAUCAAACCUCUUCUGGUUCAUUACCCAUCCCUCUUUUUUUAAAACAAAAAGGAGAAUAUUUGUAAUGCUUGUAAAUCUGGGCAAAAAUCUGAAGACCUAAAAAUCUCUUUAUAUUAAACUAUUGAUCAAUAAACAGCUACUAAGAAAGUCUUUUUCCAGUUGAGCAGUAACUGAAGAAGGCUGUGAGGAAGGGAUGUGGCAGCUGGGGGAGUCAGACUGAAGAUUAAAAUAGGGGAUUACUUUUUUUGUGUGUGGUUAUUUGAAACAGGGUUUCUCAGCCUUGGUUUACUGUCCCGAAACUCGCUUUGUAAACCAGGCUGAUCUCAAAUUCAGAGAUCCACCUUCCUUCUGAGUGCUGGGAUUGAAGUCCUGCACCACCAUGCUGACGAAAUUCACUUUUAAAGGCCACAUGUAUGAAAAAUUAAUGGCAUAUAUUCAACAUGAAUGCAGCAAAAUGAGACAUUUUAUCUUCAAAAUAAAAAUCUGCCAUAAGCCAGUAGUUCCCUUUGAGACUCCCUAGUGCACAGACUGUUAGGCAAAUCAUACUCAAAUAUUUUCACCAACUGGGGACCAAGUAUUCAAAUACAUGAGCAUGUGGAAGCCAUUCUGAUUCAUACCCACAUGGCUUACAGGGACACAGGUACCUUGCCAACUGAAGAAUACGACUAAACCACUGAUGAAAAUCGUCCUUCCUCCAGUAACCACACCUGCCUAUAGAUCCUCCUGUGCCCCUUUUGCAGCCAGACAUCUGAACUGAAAGGAGCACGCCAGCCCAGCCCUCCUGCAGAGCUCAUUCUCUGUGGCCCAUGCUGCUGUGUUCUCUGAACGCUUUUCAUUUAACUUUUACCCACAAGAUGUGCUUCAUGGCUCCUGAUGAGCUAGAGAGCACUAGAGGUUACAUUUUGAAGAUACUACACAGUAUUUCUGAGUCAGGAUCUCUGAGCUUCAGACACCAAGGCACAAUGGCUACACAGACCCCUUUACCUCUUUAGGCUAGGGAUGGUUUUAUCUCCCUGCCCUUGCAUGUUUUAUUGUCCUGUAAAAGUUAUUUCACUGAACUUCCUCGGACACUUUUGACCUUGUCCUCACAGGAUCUUUGUUGAUACUUAAAAACUCAACAUGCCCACUUAUUCAGAAGUGUUCAAGUGUCCUUUAGAAACUUUGGCAAUACUUAAAAAUGGGGGGAGGAGGACCCAAGAAGAUGAAAUGCCAGUUGACAAGUAAAUGGAUUUGAAUAUUGUGGUGUAUUUCCCAAUAUAACAUUAUACAAAAUAAGAGCAAACUAACUGAUUAUUGCCAUAGUCAACAACAGAUAUGCUUGGGUAAGCAAUGUUAAAUCCAUUUAAGCAAAAAAGUUUGUGUGUGUGUGUGUAUGAAAAUAACUCAGGCACGGCUUUGACACUCUUUAACAGCAAUAAAGUCAAUACAAAUGGAGUCUAAAA